CUUUUUGUCUGCAAGAAUCGAGCUCCUUUCCCGACGGGAAAAGAAGAACAGAACGGUCAGGUGGUGAUCGUGGUGGAUAGAAUAGAACAAGGGCAAUCACACCAGGACAGGUAAAUAUCCGUCCUACUCCGAGCGCUACACACGAUUUCUUUCUCAUGCAGACACAAAAUUUUGUUUUGAUACUGCCGUCAUCAUCAAAUCCAGUAGUACAGUAAGUGAAAAAUCGAUUUUGUACACAGUUCUGUCAUGUUCUAUACAUAUUGCUUGGUGGUGGCAAAUCAUGCUGCAUGAGCGAAGUAAUAACGUAAAAGACGGCACAUGUACAUUGAUACCUUGGAACCGGUUACAAACAGGUCAUCAGAACAGCAACAUUACAGCCUGGCGAUUCUUAAACAUAAUGGAGAUAUAUAUCGCCUCAAUUGCAUAUUUAAAGACUACCAGAAACAUAAGCUGGAUCUAGUAUGUUCCUUGGCAACCGCAGACUUCAUCUCGUUGCUAUAUAUCAAGCGGUUUUGCCAUGCAACAAGUGUCUUUCGUGUGACGGAGUUUCAACGGGCAAAGUUUUUCAUGUGUGAACUCGAGAAACCUACUUUCGGCACACACUGUUUUAUUUAUUUUGACAUGGCAGAAAGUGGUGGCGAUCGACGAGCCGAGCGACUUGCACGUAAAAUUGAGGCUUCCAAAAACAAAAAACCAGCCAAAUCAAAAAACAAAGAAAAAGCAGCAGCUCGAGAACAAGAGCGACGCGAAGCAGUCUUUAACGCAUUUAGCAACUUUUACCAAGAAGAAUAUGGCCAUGAGCGAUGGCAAACGCUGAUAGAAGCACUGAAAAAGCCCGUACGACAUUGCAUCAUGGUCAACAAGUACAGCAACACGGACGAUUUCAAAGAACGUUUAUCGACAUUACCAGAACUUAUUCCACUCUCCUUUGUUCGUAUACCUUGCUUUGCUACCACAGCAGACCGAUUCCCCCAUCCACGAAAAGACCGUGCUGGUAUUACGGACUAUUACAUUUUGGAUGCCGGAUCUGUCCUGGCGACAGAGGCAUUGGAUAUCCAGCCGGAUGAUCGUGUGUUGGAUCUAUGUGCUGCACCGGGCGGCAAGUCUGUAUCUGUUCUGCAACGAUUGGGUGCGUAUGGCUCUUUGACAGUGAAUGAAUUGUCGCCGGAUCGACGACGUCGGUUACGCAUUGUCCUUGAUGAUUACCUGUCGCCCAAGGACGAACGCAUCACUGUAUUAGGCAAGGAUGGCACAAAAUGGUACUCUGAGCCGGAACAAUACGACAAAGUGUUGCUCGACGCGCCAUGUUCUUCGGAAAGACAUUUGUUGCACGACGAUAAGGAGUUCGAACAAUGGUCGCCCAAACGAACAGUCCAUAAUGCCGAGCGACAACUCAAGCUGCUCAAGGCGGCUGUGCAUUCGGUGUGUGUUGGUGGGUUGGUUGUUUAUGGCACAUGCUCGAUCAGCUCGACCGAGAACGAUAAGGUGGUUUCGAAAAUGAUCCGCAAGGGCAAAGUACCUGUCGAAGUAGUGAAGAAGACAUUCCCAAUUGGUGAACGGACGAAGUAUGGGUGGAUCAUUUUGCCCGAUAAGACCGAUGGCUGGGGACCGCUGUAUUUUUCAGUAUUGCGUCGGACAGGUGUAUCGAAGCAAGAAGAACAGCAGGACAACGACAAUGAAGGGGAUCAUAAUAAUGAAGCUUAGAAAGAGCGUGGUUGUGGCAGUCACUUUUUUUUUUUCGUUUGCAUGAUGGGCCUAAUUUAUUCCCCGAAACUCUACUUUAAAAAAUAGCUCGUAGCUUUUCCUUUACCUUCCAUAAUCCUCUUUUC